AUGGAAAGGGUUGACCGAGCUUCAAGAAUACAUCGACGUUUAUUAAAAGCGGUCGAAGAAGUCAGAGAUGCAUUUUCUCUACAGCUGUGUACAGACUUUCCACUAUUAAUUUUUCUUCUCGUAGUCGUGACGUUUUCCCUGAUCUCAUUUACCUAUGCCACGGAAAAAGAAGUUUGGCAGGCUUGCGAAUGCGCUGUAGUGAUUCUUUUUCUCGGUGGGAAAUUGCUGCUCGUUGUUAUUUCCUGUUCGAAGACCAGCGACGAAGCCAACGAAUUUGGCAUCUCACUGUACCAAGUGCCGAUUCAGGAUUCUGCUGCACACAAUCAGCUGAGAGAAUACUCAAUACGUAUUAUGAAACAGAAGCUAGUAUUCACUGCGGGUGGAGUUUUUACCGUUGAUCGAAAAUUGGCAAUAUCAGUUUUCUCCAACCUCAUUAAGUACCUGAUAAUCUUCUAUCAACUGCGAAGAAUUUACUAGUGCGGAACUCCUACGCCUGAACAAUUAUACUUUGUAGUCAGUCGUGUAUGUCAAGUUGCCUAUGCGCAGGGCGCAUUUUACGUGUCCACUACGAAC